GCGGAGGUGGUCUGUGAUAUGGAUACGGACGGGGGUGGAUGGACGGUUUUUCAGCACCGCGUCAAUGGAAGUGUCGAUUUCUACCGGAACUUCUCUUCUUAUGAGAACGGGUUUGGAUCCCUGCAUGGGGAGUUCUGGCUUGGGCUGUCCCUGAUGCAUGAGAUGACGUCGCAUACCACAAACGAGUUACGAAUCGACAUACAAAGAGCUAAUGGAAGCCUCGGAUAUGUAGUUUACCCAAAGUUCAGAAUAGAAGCUGCCCCAACAUACAUUUUGCGCAUUGGAAACAAAACAGACUACGGCGGAAUUUCAUCUACGUCGGUUGAUUCCUUUACGGAUACAGGCUAUGGAGGAGCCGUCGAUAUGGCGUUCACGACCUUUGAUAGGGACAAUGACCUAAUUGUCGAGAACUGUGCUUUACUUUAUCACGGUGCGUGGUGGUACCAUAGUUGCUACAAAUACGCGAACUUGAACGGAGAUUAUGUGACGCCAGGGACAGAUUCUAACAAUGCAAUAAAGUUUGAUAGUAUGACUUCUUUAAAAACCAGUAGACUGAUGUUCAGAACAGCGUAA